UGCCUCACCUACAACAAGCAAUCCAACGACGACCGCACCUACAACUGCAGCUCCUACGACUGCCGCACCUACCACAGUCACUCCUACAACUCCGGCUCCUACGACGGCCGUACCUACAACCGAGGCUCCUACGACUGCAGCACCUACCACUGUUGCUGCUACAAGUGCAGCACCUACAACUGCCUCACCUCCAACCGGCGCUCAAAUGACAGCCAAAGCUACAACAGCUGCACCCACAACUGCAGCUCCUACCACUAUGGGUCCUACAACAUUAGCACCUACGACUGGAGCCCCUACAACAGCUGCACCUACAACAGCAGCAACCACAACAGCAGCUCCUACCACUAUUGCUCCUACAACUACAGCCCCUACAACACUUGCACCAACAACCGAGGCUCCUACGACUGCAGCACCUACCACUGUUGCUGCUACAACUGCAGCACCUACAACUGCCUCAACUACAACCGGCGCUCAAACUACUGCCAAACCUACAACAGCUGCACCAACAACUGCAGCUCCUACUACUAUGGCUCCUACAACAUUAGCACCUACGACUGGAGCCCAUACAACAGCUGCACCCACAACUGAAGCACAAACAACUGCAACUCCUACGACUGCAGCACCUACCACUGUUGGUCCAACAACUGCUGCACUUACAACAGCAGGAGCUACAACUGCUUCACCUACAACAAGCAAUCCAACGACGACCGCACCUAAAACUGCAGCUCCUACGACUGCCGCACCUACCACAGUCACUCCUACAACUCCGGCUCCUACGACGGCCGUACCUACAACCGAGGCUCCUACGACUGCAGCACCUACCACUGUUGCUGCUACACGUGCAGCACCUACAACUGCCUCACCUACAACCGGCGCUCAAACGACAGCCAAAGCUACAACAGCUGCACCCACAACUGCAGCUCCUACCACUAUGGGUCCUACAACAUUAGCACCUACGACUGGAGCCCCUACAACAGCUGCACCUACAACAGCAGCAACCACAACAGCAGCUCCUACAACAGCUGCACCUACAACAGCAGCAACCACAACAGCAGCUCCUACCACUAUUGCUCCUACAACUACAGCCCCUACAACACUUGCACCAACAACCGAGGCUCCUACGACUGCAGCACCUACCACUGUUGCUGCUACAAGUGCAGCACCUACAACUGCCUCACCUACAACUGGCGCUCAAACGACAGCCAAAGCUACAACAGCUGGACCCACAACUGCAGCUUCUACCACUAUUGCUCCUACGACUACAGCCCCUACAACACUUGCACCAACAACCGAGGCUCCUACGACUGGAGCCCCUACAACAGCUGCACCGACAACUGUUGCUGCUACAACUGCAGCACCUACAACUGCCUCACCUACAACAGGCGCUCAAACUACUGCCAAACCUACAACAGCUGCACCAACAACUGCAGCUCCUACCACUAUGGGUCCUACAACAUUAGCACCUAUGACUGGAGCCCCUACAACAGCUGCACCCACAACUGAAGCACAAACAACUGCAGCUCCUACGACUGCCGCACCUACCACAGUCGCUCCUACAACUGCGGCUCCUACGACGGCCGUACCUACAACCGAGGCUCCUACAACUGCAGCACCUACCACGGUUGCUGCUACAACUGCAGCACCUACAACUGCCUCACCUACAACCGGCGCUCAAACGACAGCCAAACCUACAACAGCUGCACCAACAACUGCAGCUCCUACAACAUUAUCACCUACGACUGGAGCCCCUACAACAGCUGCACCGACAACUGUUGCUGCUACAACUGCAGCACCUACAACUGCCUCACCUACAACCGGCGCUCAAACUACUGCCAAACCUACAACAGCUGCACCAACAACUGCAGCUCCUACUACUAUGGCUCCUACAACAUUAGCACCUACGACUGGAGCCCCUACAACAGCUGCACCCACAACUGAAGCACAAACAACUGCAACUCCUACGACUACAGCCCCUACAACACUUGCACCAACAACCGAGGCUCCUACGACUGGAGCCCCUACAACAGCUGCACCUACAACCGGCGCUCAAACUACUGCCAAACCUACAACAGCUGCACCAACAACUGCAGCUCCUACCACUAUGGCUCCUACAACAUUAGCCUCCUACGACUGCCGCACCUACCACAGUCACUCCUACAACUGCGGCUCCUACGGCGGCCGUACCUACAACCGAGGCUCCUACGACUGCAGCACCUACCACUGUUGCUGCUACAAGUGCAGCACCAACAACUGCCUCACCUACAACCGGCGCUCAAACGACAGCCAAAGCUACAACAGCUGCACCCACAACUGCAGCUCCUACCACUAUGGGUCCUACAACAUUAGCACCUACGACUGGAGCCCCUACAACAGCUGCACCUACAACAGCAGCAACCACAACAGCUGCUCCUACCACUAUUGCUCCUACAACUACAGCCCCUACAACACGUGCACCAACAACCAAGCACCUACAACUGCCUCACCUACAACCGGCGCUCAAACUACUGCCAAACCUACAACAGCUGCACCAACAACUGCAGCUCCUACCACUAUGGGUCCUACAACAUUAGCACCUAUGACUGGAGCCCCUACAACAGCUGCACCCACAACUGAAGCACAAACAACUGCAGCUCCUACGACUGCCGCACCUACCACAGUCGCUCCUACAACUGCGGCUCCUACGACGGCCGUACCUACAACCGAGGCUCCUACGACUGCAGCACCUACCACGGUUGCUGCUACAACUGCAGCACCUACAACUGCCUCACCUACAACCGGCGCUCAAACGACAGCCAAACCUACAACAGCUGCACCAACACCUGCAGCUCCUACAACAAUAGCACGUACGACUGGAGCCCGUACAACGGCUGCACCGACAAAUGUUGCUGCUACAACUGCAGCACCUACAACUGCCUCACCUACAAUAGCUGCACCAACAACUGCAGCUCCUACCACUAUGGCUCCUCCAACAUUAGCGCCUACGACUGGAGCCCCUACAACAGCUGCACCCACAACUGAAGCACUAACAACUGCAACUCCUACGACUGCAGCACCUACCACUGUUGGUCCAACAAAUGCAGCAAUUACAACAGCAGCAGCUACAAUUGCCUCACCUACAACAAGCAAUCCAACGACGACCGCAACUACAACUGCAGCUCCUACGACUGCCGCACCUACCACAGUCGCUCCUACAACUGCGGCUCCUACGACGGCCGUACCAACAACCGAGGCUCCUACGACUGCAGCACCUACCACUGUUGCUGCUACAAGUGCAGCACCUACAACAGCAGCACCUACAACUGCCUCACCUACAACCGGCGCUCAAACGACAGCCAAACCUACAACAGCUGCACCAACAACUGCAGCUACUACCACUAUGGUUCCUACAACAUUAGCACCUACGACUGGAGCCCCUUCAACAGCUGCACCCACAACUGAAGCACAAACAACUGCAACUCCUACGACUGCAGCAACCACAACAGCAGCCCCUACGACUAUUGCUCCUACAACUACAGCCCCUACAACACUUGCACCAACAACCGAGGCUCCUACGACUGCAGCACCAACCACUGUUGCUGCUACAACAGCUGCACCAACAACUGCAGCUCCUACUACUAUGGCUCCUACAACAUUAGCAGCUACGACUGGAGCCCCUACAACAGCUGCACCGACAACUGUUGCUGCUACAACUGCAGCACCUAUGACAGCAGCACCUACAACUGCCUCACCUACAACCGGUGCUCAAACUACUGCCAAACCUACAACAGCUGCACCAACAACUGCAGCUACUACCACUAUGGUUCCUACAACAUUAGCACUUAAGACUGGAGCCCCUUCAACAGCUGCACCCACAACUGAAGCACAAACAACUGCAACUCCUACGACUGCAGCAACCACAACAGCAGCCCCUACGACUAUUGCUCCUACAACACUUGCACCAACAACCGAGGCUCCUACGACUGCAGCACAAACAACUGUUGCUGCUACAACUGCAGCACCAACAACUGCCUCACCUACAACCGGCGCUCAAACGACAGCCAAACCUACAACAGCUGCACCCACAACUGAAGCACAAACAACUGCAGCUCCUACGACUGCCGCACCUACCACAGUCGCUCCUACAACUGCGGCUCCUACGACGGCCGUACCUACAACCGAGGCCCCUACGACUGCAGCAGCUACCACUGUUGCUGCUACAACUGCAGCACCAACAACUGCCUCACCUACAACCGGCGCUCAAACGACAGCCAAACCUACAACAGCUGCACCAACAACUGCAGCUCCUACAACAUUAUCACCUACGACUGGAGCCCCUACAACAGCUGCACCGACAACUGUUGCUGCUACAACUGCAGCACCUACAACUGCCUCACCUACAACCGGCGCUCAAACUACUGCCAAACCUACAACAGCUGCACCAACAACUGCACCUCCUACCACUAUGGCUCCUAUAACAUUAGCACCUACAACUGGAGCCCCUACGACUGCCGCACCUCCCACAGUCGCUCCUACAACUGCGGCUCCUACGACGGCCGUACCUACAACCGAGGCUCCUACGACUGCAGCACCUACCACUGUUGCUGCUACAACAGCUGCACCAACAACUGCAGCUCCUACAACAUUAGCACCUACGACUGGAGCCCCUACAACAGCUGCACCGACAACUGUUGCUGCUACAACUGCAGCACCUACAACUGCCUCACCUACAACCGGCGCUCAAACUACUGCCAAACCUACAACAGCUGCAACAACAACUGCAGCUCUUACCACUAUGGCUCCUACAACAUUAGCACCUACGACUGGAGCCCCUACAACAGCUGCACCCACAACUGAAGCACAGACAACUGCAACUCCUACGACUGCAUCACCUACCACUGUUGGUCCAACAAAUGCAGCAAUUAUAACAGCAGCAGCUACAACUGCCUCACCUACAACAAGCAAUCCAACGACGACCGCACCUACAACUGCAGCUCCUACGACUGCCGCACCUACCACAGUCGCUCCUACAACUGCGGCUCCUACGACGGCCGUACCUACAACCGAGGCCCCUACGACUGCAGCACCUACCACUAUUGCUGCUACAACUGCAGCACCUACAACUGCCUCACCUACAACCGGCGCUCAAACUACUGCCAAACCUACAACAGCUACACCAAUAACUGCAGCUCCUUCUACUAUGGCUCCUACAACAUUAGCGUCUACGACUGGAGCCCCUACAACAGCUGCACCGACAACUGUUGCUGCUACAACUGCAGCACCUACAACAGCAGCACCUACAACUGCCUCACCUACAACCGGUGCUCAAACUACUACCAAACCUACAACAGCUGCACCAACAACUGCAGCUACUACCACUAUGGUUCCUACAACAUUAGCGCCUACGACUGGAGCACCUUCAACAGCUGCACCCGCAACUGAAGCACAUACAACUGCAACUCCUACGACUGCAGCACCUACCACUGUUGGUCCAACAAAUGCAGCAAUUACAACAGCAGCCCCUACCACUAUUGCUCCUACAACUACAGCCCCUACAACACUUGCACCAACAACCGAGGCUCCUACAACUGCAGCACCUACCACUGUUGCUGCUACAACUGCCUCACCUACAACCGGCGCUCAAACGACAGCCAAACCUACAACAGCUGCACCGACAACUGCAGCUCCUACAACAUUAGCACCUACGACUGGAGUCCCUACAACAGCUGCACCGACAACUGUUGCUGCUAGAACUGCAGCACCUACAACUGCCUCACCUACAACUGGCGCUCAAACUACUGCCAAACCUACAACAGCUGCACCAACAACUGCAGCUCCUACAACAUUAGCACCUACGACUGGAGCCCCUUCAACAGCUGCACCCACAACUGAAGCACAAACAACUGCAGCUCCUACGACUGCCGCACCUACCACAGUCGCUCCUACAACUGCGGCUCCUACGCCGGCCGUACUGUUGUGGCGAUCCAAGUACUCACACAACAUGAAAGAAUGAAACAGAGAGGAAUCAAUGAAACACAAACACAGAAAUAGUUGAGAUUAAUCAUUAUUAUUUAGUUGCGCACCACUAAACAAUAAUGGGGAAACAUUACCUUGCUUCAAGAGCAACCAAUCGCAGAAAUGGUCCCUCGAACACAAGAAAACACAAGCCAAAUAUACGUUUCCUAAAUGACACACGAACAUGUUCCCUAAUCAUGUUUAACGCACACACAUUGUCAGGUCUCCUAAACUUGGACGCACCAAUAUCAGAGCAACAUGUAAGUUCCAGAUGUCAAAAGGUCAUUAUCUCAUGAAGUCUUUAGGAGCCUUGCAGGAUAUGAAUUAUCCAAUUAACAAACUAUAUAUAUAUCGUCUGCACAUGAGCGCACAUACAUUUCUUUACAUUAACUAACACACCAACAUCCUUAUCGUUUCUUAGCUAAUGCAUGCUGGAUAUGAACCACUAACUAACAAGACUUUAACUGUAUUAUAUCUGAGGAAGACCUCUCUUGGAGUUCCUCUGACCUUUGCCAAUUUACUUAACAUGGGUACAUCUGCUGUUAAUUGCAAAGACCAUUGAUAAUUAGUAAAGAGACUCAUGGGCCUCUUCCAAUAUCUGGAAACUGUAAUUAAAUUAUAGUUAUAUUGAGAAGGUCCAAGACUUGACAUAACAUUCCCUCCUUUUAUUAAUUUAAGUUUCCAGAUCAUACAAAAAAACUCUUACAAAUAACCUUUUGAGAUCCGCCCUGGAAAGUCCAAAAUGACUUUCUGAAAAAUAUUUAUCAAUGAAUAAUCAUUUUACUCACGGCAGAAGUCACAGGGUUACCUGUACUACUCACAAAUAGCCAAAAAACCACCUUUUUGAUUAUAACACAAAAAGUGAAAGAAAAGACAAUUUGCGCUAAUCUACUCUUACUUAAAUGGAAAAUCAUUAAAAACCUCAGUAUGCUUAAGAGGAAAAAAUCAAUUUGUCCCAUUCAAGUUUAACAAACUUACAUACAUAACCUAAUAACAAAGUAACAUUCAAUGUAAUACUUGAUUAUACAUAAUAAAAAAUAUUCCAAAACACUUAUAGCAAGAUGUAACUGUUGUACACUCUUUCUGCUUCUGUUAUA